AUGGCUGCCGGUAGUACUGCUGCAAGAGAUAGGACUCUGGAGGAGACACCCACAUGGGCGCUGGCGGUUGUGUGUGCUGUUUUUGUGAUUAUAUCUGUCCUGAUAGAACAUGGGAUUCAUUCCGUUGGAAAGUGGUUUCAGAAACGCCGGAAGAAGGCCAUGAGUGAAGCAUUGGAGAAAAUCAAAGCUGAGUUGAUGCUGUUAGGUUUUAUUUCCCUACUGCUCACCGUGAGUACGAGAUUUAUAGCAAAGAUAUGCAUCCCAGCAGAACUUGAAGACACAAUGCUUCCAUGCAAACCUUAUGAUCAAUAUAAGAAGGACGACACAGAUGAUGAUGAUAAAGGAGGUGGCAAUUAUGACAGAAGAAAGUUACUUUCAUAUGCUGAAAAUGUAGUAUGGCGCCGAGUCUUGGCUGGCGGCCCUGCUGGAGACGACUACUGCUCAAAAUAUGAUAAAGUCCCGUUGAUCUCACCGUCUGGGGUGCACCAAUUGCACAUAUUCAUAUUCGUCCUGGCUGUUUUUCAUGUCCUCUACAGCGUCAUUACCAUGGCACUGGCGCAAGCUAAAACGAACAAAUGGAAAGCAUGGGAAUCGGAAACAUCAUCCUUGGAAUACCAAUGCACCAAUGACCCAACAAGAUUUAGGUUCACACAUCAAACAUCUUUUGUGAAGCGCCACUCUGGCUUCUCAACAACAACUGGAAUAAGAUGGAUCGUGGCGUUUUUGAGGCAAUUCUUUGGCUCGGUGUCAAAGGUGGACUAUGCUACUAUACGUCGUGGAUUUAUAAAUGCACAUUUUGCCCCAAACAGCAAGUUCAAUUUCCAUAAGUAUAUUAAAAGAUCCAUGGAAGAUGACUUCAAAAUGGUGGUGGGUAUCAGCCUUCCACUGUGGCUUUCUGCUGUCAUUUUCUUGCUUCUCAAUGUUUACAAAUGGUACUCGCUCACCUGGUUGUCAUUGGCACCACUAGUUAUACUUCUACUAGUUGGCACAAAGCUUGAGCUUAUUAUCAUUGAGAUGGCUCAAGAAAUACAAGAUCGAGCAACGGUUGUUGAGGGAGCUCCAGUGGUAGAGCCAAACAAUAAGUACUUCUGGUUUAACAGUCCUCGAUGGAUUCUCUUUCUCAUACAUUUUACCAUUUUCGAGUCAGCUUUCCAGUUGGCAUAUUUUCUUUAUGAGUUUGGGAUGACAUCUUGCUUUCGUGGAAACUUGCCGGCAGCAUUGACUAAGGUUUCACUCGGCAUAGCCCUUCUCAUCCUUUGCAGCUAUAUCACCUUCCCUCUCUAUGCCUUAGUAAUACAUAUGGGAUCUCAUAUGAAGAAAGCUAUAUUUGAGGAGCAAACAGCAAAGGCUCUUAAGAAAUGGCACAAGGAUGCAAAAGAUAGAAACAAGUUGAGGAAAGCUAGUGGAGUAGAUACUAGUUGUUCAGGAUUGAUGGGUGGGGAAAACACACCUAGCCAAGGAACAUCACCCAGACACUUGCUCCACAACUACAAGUACAAGUCCAGUAAAUUAGAGCUCGAAGCUGGUGUUCUCAGUUCCCCAAGAUCCCACCAAGAUGAUACUGACCUUUCAGAAAUUGAUCAGAUCGGUUCCCCUGAUCAUCAAUCAAUAGGUCAUGAUCAUCAUGAUCAACCACCAAGAGAUGAAAACUUCCAUAGUAUUGAUUUUUCAUUUUCUAAGGCUUAA